CUUCUCCCAUUCCCAAGAGUAAAGAAAGCCAUGAUGAUACAAGCCAAAACUCAGAACAAAUGCAAUUUCAAUCCCAUUGAUGGAGGAAAUGUUGAGCUCAGAAGUGGGCCAUGGAAUCCCGAAGAAGACAAUCUUCUCACGCAGAACAUAUCUUGCCACGGCGAAGGCCACUGGAAUUGGUUGGCCAAACGUGCCGGGUUGAAGAGAACCGGGAGAAGUUGUAGAUUGAGAUGGUUGAAUUACUUAAAAUCUAAUAUUAAACGAGGAAAACUUACUAUUGAGGAGCAACUCUUGAUUCAUGAACUUCAUUCCUUGUGGGGUAACAAAUGGUCAAAGAUUGCACGACAGUUGCCUGGACGAACAGAUAAUGAUAUUAAGAAUUACUGGAGAACACGAGUGCAAAAAUAUAUCCACCAACUUAGAAUCGAGUUUGAUAACAAGAAGUUUCUAGAAAAAAUUACAAGUGAUUCUAUUCCUAGGUUGAUGAAGAUGGAACAAUCAUCAACAUCUUGGCCGUCUCAUCCAUCACCACAACCUUUAUCUUUUUCUCUUAUAACUUCUUCAAACAUGGAAUCAGAAAAAACUAGAUAUUCAAGCAAACACAUUGUACCAGACUUUGUAACUGUUAAAAGUCCGAUGUCGGAAUUCCAUAUGAUUGAAUCUUGUUAUAACAAUAAGGUGACUUUAUAUGACAAUAUCUAUGAAACCAAUAUUGGUACUAGCAAAGGCCUCGACAUGUUCGGUUCUCACUACGAACUUUCCAACACGAUUGACCAGAUGGCAGAACCUAAUUGGAUCGGUGAUGGCAUCAUUGACAUGAACGGUGAUGCAUUAUGGUGCUUAGACAAAUUGUGGUAA